CCACCUCAAUUGACGAGCCUUUGACAUCGCAGGUAAAGUAAGCUGCGAUACAGCUCUUCAACAACUCUCCACGUCUGAAGAGGUGCUCAAACAUGGCCGGACCAACACCCCUACACCUCGAUCCCGCUCUCGAGAAAUAUAACCAACUCAACAAAGAGAGAUGGAGAUACUUCAAGUGGACGCCCCGUACCGCAUGGAUUUCCUUCAUGUACGCCGUCUUCGUUCCUACCGUGGUAGGAUACGCGCUUGCAAAGACAGAUGGCAAAUAUGAUAUGCGAGGAAAGUUGAGAGGAGACACUAUCAGCGAGUUUUAAAGCCUGACAAUGAGGCGGGGUUUGCAAGGAGGAAUCCGGCCCUAAGAGAUUGUACAUACGAUCUGAUAUGCGCUGGGAGAACGCCAGCAACGAAUCCUCGAUACACAACAUAUGUCUUUGUGGACUUUCAGCCGAAUCAAGGAAUAGAUGAUAUCCCGCAAUCUUGAAAAUUGGAAGAACACACGCUUUCCGCUGCAUAUCACGUUUCACUGCGCCGAGUUCGCCGAAUUGCUGCACCAAGACCUGUCCGCGGUGAGAGGAAUGGCGACAUGAUUCUGAAUGUACAUUUGACUUUCGGACCGCCUGGGCCGAGCAGCCUUUCGUCUGUUGCCACCUCGUCAGGCCAUGGCACAUUGCCCCAUAUUGCCUUGAAAUUCGGGCUUCAAGAGAAUUAGUGAUGCAUUCGUUUAGAGCAUCAGGACUUGAAGUCGACGCGGUGACUUUGCUUGAGUAGUAGUGCAAUUGCAUGCGACUUCAAGACUGGCCAGGGCAGCAUCCUCGAACCAAUCCAUGAAGGUCCAGUUCGUCUUCGCGUUUUGCACGGAACUUGCGC